AUGUCAGGAUCCUCUCCCUCGCAGUCGGAUUCCCAACCACGACAAGAGCACCUACCAACAUGUCUCUCGGUCCACAUCGAAGAAAACCUCCACCUGAAAGACCUCGAAUUGAUGAUGAACUGGUGCACAACAACCUACAAAUCCAUGGCAGGGGACUCCGCUUCUGAGCGAAUAUGGCAAAUUAACAUCCCCCAGCUCUCCCUCUGCUACCCAGCCCUUCGCCAAGGGAUCCUCGCCCUCUCAGCGCUGCACCUCGCCUCAACAAGCACAUCUUCCCAACGGUGGCGAUACCUUGACACAGCACGCUCGUACCAAGCGCAAGCGCUGAUAGGCCUCCAAACUGAGAUUGACGAAGACACACCGGAGACAGAAUGUCAAGCGACCUUCGCGCUGUGUUGCGUCAUGGUUGUGUUCACCUUCGGCUUCUGCCAAAUUGACUGCAAAAACGACUCAGACGCAGAACAGCCCGACGUGCUGGACGAGUUCUUCGAGGUAUUCCAGUUAACUCGGUGGCUAAUCAGCAUCCUGGUGACCUCGAUGGAACGCAUCAGAACGGGAGAGCUGAACCCGCUCUUCCACCCUGAAGAGCCGCUCCCAACCAUGCCGGACAUGUCGCGGCUAGUGGUUCUCUCACUACAGCGACAGAAUGACACAGAAGCCAUGCGGGAUCCGACGCACCAGGCGGAUCUGUACGACUCGGCCAUUGAACAUCUCAGCCAGGCGCUCGAGAAGCUGGUGAAAGGUGGCGAGCCGAAGGUGUUUGCCUUGUGGUGGAGUUUCCAAAUCCCGGCGGAAUUUUUAGAGCUGCUUGAGGCGCGCCGGCCGUUUGCGCUUGUUAUUCUAGCGCAUUAUGCAGUAAUUCUGCAUCACCUGAAGAGUUCGUGGUGGAUGGGGGAUUGGGGGAAUAGGAUUCUGCAGGAAAUUGGGAACAUUCUUGAACCGGAGUGCCAAGACCUUAUCAACUGGCCGAUUGAUGCGACGGGGUGCUUCCUUCCAAGGACUGAGGCACGAGUGCAAGUGAUAUCCCCGCUUAGCUUUUGA